UCGGAUUGCAUCGGAUGUUUUUCGGCUUGUGAGUCGAGCACAGCGGGACGUGGUGGCUGAAGUCGUAAUUCGCAAUGCUCAUCACCCAGGCCUACAUUUAACAUUUCAAUGAUAUCCCUCAGCUAGAGAGCCGCUCACUCCGCUGCAUGCACACAGGAGGGGAGACUGCACUGCUUCAAAGCGACAACAUGGACUUGCACAUUUUGGACCACAGGCUACGAGUCAUCAGCAUAUCCAAGAGUGGGCUUGUGAAUUUCACACACCCCCUGAUUAAACUGAUAUUUCUCCGGAACAGAACACGAUGCAAGUUUUUCAGUCUGACGGAGACACCAGAGAACUACACAGUCGUCCUUGACGAGGAAGGAUUCAAAGAGCUCCAGCCGUCAGAGCAUCUCAAGAUAGAAAGCUCCAUCUGGCUGCCUCUCAACGUUGUCUCCAAUGGAAACGCCUCCAGCAGCUCGCAGGCAGUCGGCGUUACAAAGAUCGCCAAGUCGGUCAUCGCCCCUCUGGCCCAACAGCACGUCUCCGUCUUCAUGCUCUCAACCUAUCAGACGGACUUCAUCCUGGUGAGAGAGAAAGACCUGGCUGUAGUCAUCACUACUCUGGAGGAGGAGUUCAAUAUCUACAAGGAGGUGGGAGGAGAGUCUGUCCCUAUGCACUGUCAGGAUGUGUCCAACGGCCUCCAGAAGAACGGCAAAGAAGCCAUCCAGCCUACAGUUCACCCAGUGCUGAUCCCCCAGAACCAGUUCUGUGUCAUGUCUCUGGACCCAGACACACUGCCGUCCAUCGCCACCACGCUCAUUGACGUGCUAUUUUAUUCCAGCAGUCCAAAAGGGGACGCACAGUCCUCUCCCAGCCAGGACAUGGACUGUAUCAAGUUCUUCUCGUUCUCCCUCAUUGAUGGCUACAUCUCACUGGUGAUGGACACUGAGGCUCAGAGACAGUUUCCUGCUGAUCUACUCUUCACCAGCUCCUCUGGGGAGCUGUGGAGAAUGGUUCGGAUAGGGGGACAACCGCUGGGCUUUGAUGAAUGUGGUAUAGUUGCCCAGAUAUCUCAGCCUCUGGCUGACAGCGACAUUUCUGCCUAUUACAUAAGCACCUUCAGCUUCGACCAUGCUCUGGUCCCUGAGGAGGACAUCAUGAGCGUGAAGGACAUGCUCCAGUAUCAGAGGAAAGAACAAGCAACAAGUUGAUUUUCUGAAGUCCAGUCUGAGCUGAAUCAUGCCAGCUCAGUAUGCCAUCCUUCACUCCAGCUCCAGUGGCCUGAGGUGGCAGACCAGCAGGAGAUGGAGGCUAAACUGUGCCUAGACUAGCACUGCUUCACCAGCAGUAUUAAUAACUACGGACUUGCCAAGACCACCGGAAGCGCUUCUUGCACAGUUUGUCUGUGAGGCCUCCUGUCUUACCUAUCUGAGGCAGGAUGCACUGAGUCCCAGGAGGCCCACAAGCUCACAUAGGCACAUCAACAUGCACAAUAAUCCUAAAACAUCAACAUAUCCACACACACACACACACACACACACACUUGAACAUACAGAAUAAAAGCACAAAGUAAGACAUGUGAACAGUGUGACAGAGUCUUUUUGCCUCUAACAUAGGACUCUGGAAGUUAAAUUGUUCAUAUUCUUGCAUACAUUUCACUAGCGCUAUGAAGUGAUAAACACAAAACUUAGUCUUCCAGUAAUGUUUAUUUGAUGAUGCCAUGGUUCAAAACAACAGUUUUUUCUUUUUUCUAUUUUUAAAUUCAUUUUUAUCAGCGGCCACUUUCAAGAAGUGUAAUUUUUACUGCAAUUUUUUGUGGAACUGAAAGUGUGACGCUUGAAAUGCAAGGCUGUUGUUAAAUCAUUGAUGUGGCAAAAAUUUUCAUGAAAAGAAAACAGAAUUUCUGUUUUUUGACUAGAGGGCUCACUCAUUUUGGUUUGAGAAGAGUUAUCGGUAGUUAGUUAUUAUGUAUUAGGACUAGUACAAAUGCUGUGAAUCAGUUAAGCAAGCUUAGUCAGUGUUUGUUUGUUGUUUGAGAGAGAGAGGUCAUUUCUUAACCAUAGUAUUACUCAAGGUCAAUAACACUAUGUAUUAUUUUUUGUUAUUUGCACAAUAAACUUUCAUUUAGUCAA